UGCUUUCCUGUAGUAGUCUCGCGAGAUUUGAUGUGAGUGCGCGACGCUUCGCUCCAACGAAGCUAAGUUGGAGGAUCAUGGCGGAGCGCAGGAGGCAUAAGAAGCGGAUCCAGGAGGUGAGCGAGCCCACCAAGGAGGAGAAGGUGGUGGCUAAGUACCUAAGAUUUAACUGCCCCACCAAGUCUACAAACAUGAUGGGCCACAGAGUGGACUACUUCGUUGCUUCCAAGGCAGUGGACUGUCUUCUGGACUCCAAGUGGGCCAAAGCUAAGAAGGGAGAGGAGGCGCUGUUCACCACCAGGGAGUCAGUAGUGGAUUACUGCAACAGACUCCUAAAGAAGCAGUUCUUCCACCGAGCUCUCAAGGUAAUGAAGAAAAAGCCUGAGAAAGAUCCCAAGAAAGAAAAAGAGAAGGAAAAAUGUAAAACUGAUAGCAGCAAGGAAGAUGAGAAAAAAGGGAAGAAGGAGAAAGAGAAGGACAAGGAGAAGAAAAAAGAGACUGAGGUUGUCGAAACGAAGAAAGAGAAAAGUGAUGACAGUCCUAAGAAGAAGAAAGAGGUGAAGAAGAAGUUUAAACUGGAGCCUCAUGAGGAUCAACUGUUUUUGGAUGGCAAUGAGGUGUAUGUGUGGAUUUAUGAUCCCGUCCAUUUUAAGACGUUUGCUAUGGGCCUAAUCCUUGUUAUUGCAGUGAUUGCAGCCACACUAUUCCCACUGUGGCCAGCUGAAAUGCGUGUUGGAGUUUACUAUCUGAGUGUUGCAGCCGGCUGCUUUGUAGCCAGUAUCCUGCUUCUAGCCGUUGCUCGCUGCAUCCUCUUCCUGAUCAUCUGGCUGGUGACCGGUGGCCGGCAUCACUUCUGGUUCCUCCCCAACCUGACAGCAGAUGUCGGCUUCAUCGAUUCAUUCAGGCCACUCUAUACUCACGAGUACAAAGGACCAAAAACCAGCGACAAGAAGGGCUCAGACAAGACCAACGAGAAGGACAGCAGCUCCUCCAACAAGGCUCAAAAGUCAGACAGCGAAGAGAAGUCAGACAGCGAGAAGAAGGAUGCAGAUGAUGAAGAGGAGGAUGAGGAAGAGGGCGGGCGAGAAGAGAGGAAAGAGGCAGAUGGGGAGGGAAAAGAGGACAGCCAAGACACAGACAGCGACCGCCAGGACGAAGGCUCGCAGCACAGCAACGGAAACGACUUUGAAAUGAUCACCAGGGAGGAGCUCGAGCAGCACACGGAAGAAGAGGAGGAAGAGGAGGAGGAGGAGGAGACACAAGUGAGAAAAGAAGGGGGCAGCAGUGAGACUAAACCCCAGACUGCUGAAACAUAAACUUCUCCCAGUCCCAUCACCCUUGUUUUCUCUAUCCCUCCCACCCUUCCUGCUGUGACCCCAGGACCUGCUGGAGGCUCCAUCUCUCGUUGAGAUCUUCCACUAAACAGCACCGGGAUAGAUGCAACACUCAAAACGUUUACGGCUACCACAAUGCAUAAAGCAUAAAUUGAAGCCUUAUGAUGGAUAUGAUUCCUCCCUCCUAAAUGUUAUUUAUGCUUAACGAAACUGCCUCUGGAUGCAAUUGCCUGAGGAACCUAUCAGACCAAAACACCCCCUUCAGUGGCUGGGCUGUCUUUUUCUUCUUUUUUUUUGUAUCUGUGUCAUAGUUUCUUUUAGUCCAUUCAGCUCAGUGUUUAAGUUCCCUGUCACAGGUUUUAGUCCAGGUCAAAUGAAGACAAUGCAGAGAAGCCAUGUUGAACUAAUUGUUAGUCGUGGUGGUGCACAUUUCAAAUCUUGUUAAAAGCCAGCGAGUCUGAUAGUUUUCUCAGGCAGAGCUUAAAGCGGAACGAUCCGUGUAUCGGCUAUGAAACCUGAACUAAGUCAAAUGGACCAACUCCUGUAGUUUACUCAAAGAAAACUUCCUACAAAAAUCAACCGUCUUUUGACAGAUCAAGUGUUUGGAUGGCGGUAGUGCAGGUUUUUGAGGUACUAGCCAUUUAAUUUUUUAUGUAAAUGGCUCAUGAUCAUAGUGCAAUUCUCUCUGUGUGAGCAACUAGACAGCGCUGGCAUAGUUUUUGUUUUAAAGUAGCAGAAUUAGCUAAAUAACAAAAGCUAGAUUCCAUACAGCUGACUGAAUCAUUUGUGAACUACCCGAUACGAAGUAAAUCCAACUCUAGUGCCAAACACAGUAAACAUUAUGCAUGGUUUAAAUGUGAAGGGCUGAGUGUGAAAGGAAGAAUUUUGUUAAUCCGUCUUGAAACUGCAGUGUCAAAUUUCUCCAAUUGUUUUGCUAAACCGACAGAAAAGCAAGCACAGUACAAGGUUGUUGGUGUGCAACUAAACAAAGAUUUUUGGUGUCAAUGAAACCAUUAGAAAGUCUGUUCGACUCACUGAAGCAAAUUUCAUUAAGUCUUGCACAAGUCGUGUGAAAAUGAGCGUUUUUAUGUUAAAAUCCAGCUCCACUCACAGGCAGCCGUGGUCCAAGCUUCACUGUCUUCAAACUAGAAAUGUUUUAGAUGCUCUUUUUAGUCAUAGCGAGGAUUAUAUUUAAAUAUAAAACAUAAAAAUCUAUCAUUUAUAUAUGGAUUCUAUUAAUGUAUCAGAUAUGUGCAUAAAUUACUCAGAGCUUAUGAAAUCAUGACUUCUCUUAUGUGUUCGGAGUAAGGUGUCUGUUCGUGUUUUCAUAUGCUUAAGUGAAAUUAUUUAAAGGUAACAUCUGGGAUUAAAAACAAAAAAUCUAUAGAUCUUUACAUUUACCAAUGUUAACAGAGCGAUUGGUCGUGCAUUGCCACAUCUGCGUUUCGUCUCUCACAGCUGUUCUCACCCUUGACACCAAGCUUCCCUCCAACCCAAUCUACCCUUUCUGUGUUUUCAUGUUUCUCUAAAUCAAAUGUGUCCAGACUAUUUAGCUUUCUGUUUCCUGCCGUCAUUUAUUUACAAUUUGUAGCUUUUGAUUUUCUGGCUUGUUGUCUUUUUGUUUAUUUUUCUUCAUAACGGGAAAAAGUGCAUCUCUGUCUGCAGUUGUCCGCGUUCCAGUGGCUCCACUCAAACCAUUUCACAAAGAGAGAUUCUCCCAGUUUUUCUUGACUGUUGCACAGUAUCAGUCUAGUUGUGUGUUGUAGUGUUAUUAAUCUAUGCUGCUCUCAUCACACAUUACUGGGGAAAGUAAAGAUUUAAAUAGAAAACGUCCGUGUUUUAUCUCUGGUCAAGAACGCCAAGUCGAUAUCAUUUUUAAAACUGUCUCCUACAUUAUUGGAGUGUAAUUUACUGAAAUUGGAUCUCUGGAAUAUAUCUGUAUGUUAUUAUUGCAAUAAAAACUAGAAAACA